AUGAGUUGCCAACCUUUUACUUCAGCCGAUACCUUUAUACCUCUGAAUUCUGAGUCUUCUGCAACUUUGCCACUGAUAAUGCAUCACAGCGCUGCCGAGUGCCUGCCAGUCUCCAACCACGCCACUAAUGUGAUGUCCACAGCAACUGGACUUCAUUAUUCUGUUCCUUCUUGUCAUUAUGGAAACCAACCAUCAACCUAUGGAGUGAUGGCAGGCAGCUUAACCCCUUGUCUCUAUAAGUUUCCUGACCACACCUUGAGUCACGGUUUUCCUGCCAUGCACCAGCCUCUCCUGGCAGAAGACCCCACAGCCUCUGAUUUCAAGCAGGAACUCAGGCGGAAAAGUAAAUUGGUUGAAGAGCCAAUAGACAUGGAUUCUCCAGAAAUUCGAGAACUUGAAAAGUUUGCCAAUGAAUUUAAAGUGAGAAGAAUUAAGUUAGGAUACACCCAAACAAAUGUUGGGGAGGCCCUGGCAGCUGUGCAUGGCUCUGAAUUCAGUCAGACAACUAUCUGCCGAUUUGAAAAUCUGCAGCUCAGCUUCAAAAAUGCAUGCAAACUAAAAGCAAUAUUAUCCAAAUGGCUGGAGGAAGCGGAGCAAGUGGGAGCUUUAUACAGUGAAAAAGUGGGAGUAAAUGAAAGGAAAAGGAAACGGAGAACAACUAUAAGUAUUGCUGCAAAAGGGGCUCUGGAGAGACACUUCGGAGAGCAGAAUAAACCGUCCUCUCAAGAGAUCAUGAGGAUGGCUGAAGAACUGAAUCUCGAGAAAGAGGUAGUAAGAGUUUGGUUUUGCAACCGAAGGCAGAGGGAAAAACGGGUGAAAACAAGUCUGAAUCAGAGCUUAUUUACUAUUUCCAAGGAAAAUCUUGACUGCAGAUAA